AUGAGUUCCGCUGAGGUAUCACAUCAGAGUUGUGGUUGUAAAGGCGUUCGGUUUUGUGCCUUAUGCGAAACUUCCGAGAGGGUUCUUAAACUAAGAACUGAAGAUGACAAGUAUGUAAGCAUAUGUCCCACGCUGACUUCUACAGCCUCCAUUGAAGAUAUUAUCACGGCUUCGCUUUCUUCUAACUCCCUUCAACAUGCUUGCGAUGUCAUCUCUAUUGAUGGGAUAAUGAUUGUUCCGGAUUUUCUUAGUGAAUCUGAAGAAAACAUUCUCUUAGAAAUGAUAGAUGGAGUUGAUUGGAUGUUAUCUCAAUCUGGGAGGAGGAAACAGGAUUAUGGUCCUAAGGUCAAUUUCAAGCACAAGAAGGUUAAAUUCGACUCCUUUGUAGGUAUGCCUGAGUAUGCUGAUUUUUUGCUUGAGAAGAUGCAAUCGAUUUCCGCAGAGAAACUAGGAAAUUACAUCCCGUUUGAAAUGUGUAACCUGGAGUAUGACCAGAGCAAGAAGAGUGCUAUAGAAAUGCAUUUUGAUGAUAUGUGGAUCUGGGGCAAUCGGCUCAUCAGGUUAUUUCAGUUAUGCUAUAUUUGGAUGCCACACAGAUCUUUGAUAUGCUUAUCAAAUGAAGCGAGGUACGUGUGGAAGCACGCCGUGCUAUCUCAUCAUAUUCGUGGCAGACGGAUAGCCCUUACUAUGCGGGAACCCUCUAAGGAGUUCCAGGAAGGUGGAGAGUUUUACGAGAAGUACGGAAAGCAGUUGAUAGCUCUGAGUAAUAUCCGGGUACCGUUGCGCAAAUGUAUAUCGUGA